GAUUUCUUAUGUAUUGUAUGCUCCCAUAUGUUUUUUUUAUUGAUUUAUUAGGAUUUUAAUACUACGGAUUGAGUGUAGCAGCGUUAAUAAAUUAUAACCAUUUUUGGAUACAGAAUUGCUUAUUUUGUUUAACUUUUAUACCUAAAUGUUACUUAUCCUAUUCCAGUUCAUUAUUUACGAAGCUUUUAAAAGAUUUUAAAAAAAUAUUACCUUAAAGAAAAAAUAAAAAACACAUAAGUGAGCAUUAAGAAUACCUGCUUUAAUGCAACAUUUAUCAAACAGAUGUGGCUUUUUGUUAUACUUUUUCUAAUUUUUAAUUCAAACUUGGUCGAUGUGAAAGAAUCUGAAAUUUUUAUUAGUGGAAAUUUUGUAGUUCACAUGAUAAGUUUGAACAACUCAACAUGUUCGCGAGUUAACUUAGAUAUUGGAAUUCCGUUCAUGGAAGCAAUGAUCUAUGCCAUUGAGUUAACAAAAAACAUAUCCAAUUUUUUUCCAAACGGAUUUAAAUUAAAUUAUAUAUUUAAUGAUUUAUGUGAGAGUCGUAGUAAAGUUUAUAAUUCAAUUAUUAAGUCAAAUGUAGCUGUUGGUAUUGGAUCGUAUAGUUCUACUUCCACAGAAUUUUGGUCUAGAUUUUUGUGGGUAUGGAAUAAAUGUUUAAUAAGUUAUGGUGCUACCAGCAAGAUUUUUUCAAACCGGAAAAAGUUUUCUUCGCUUUUUACAACUUUGCCACUCGAUAAUUGGACUUCUUUAGCUUUGAUAGAACUGUCACGCAAAUAUAAUUGGAACUAUGUUGGCAUAAUAUCAACGUACAACGAAGACGGAAAAUCAAUGACGUAUGAAUAUCAAGAGUUUAUGAAAAAAAAUUAUAUGUGUGUUGCAUUUUCUAGAACUAUUAACAAAGAUGCAAAGCCAGAAGAAUUCUUUGAACUAAUCACAUACUUAAAUAAAUUUUAUAAAACGGAACGAAAACCUAAAACAAUUUUCCUUUUUCUCACGUACGAAGUUUGCCAGCGUCUUUUUGAAGCUUUUGCAGCUUACUCGUACUCCUUAAAUUUUUUUCAAUUUGUUAUCGGUACACAGUGCGGAACAAUGGCAAGUAUACCCACUGCUGUUCAAAGCUUGUUUGAAGGCUUAAUAACUUUGCAGGUUGCUAAUCCGUUUCCUGCCGACUUUGAAAAAUAUUUCAGCGAUUUAAAUCCAACGAAAAAAAUUGGAGCGGUAAAUGAAGGCUUUUUUCGUGAAUAUUGGGAAGCUUUACAUCAAUGUUCAUUAAACGACUAUUUUUCUGACUGUGCAAAUCGAUCGCAUAUUGGUUUUAAUCGAUUUAUACCUGUUCGACCUGUUAUUAAAGCAAGCUUUGCGGCAGCCUACGCCUUAAAAAACUGGUUAUUUCAAAAUUGUGUCUUGUGCAAGCCUUCGUGUGAAAAUACGUGCAAGCCUUCUGCAAUAAACGAUUUGUACAACUAUAUACCUUAUGCAAGUGAUGAAUAUGGAAAGCCUUUUCUUAAUAACAUUGAAGACCCAGAAAACUAUGAAUUUUUUCAAUAUAAAAGAAAUGUAAAUAACAAUUUUGAAUUUCAGCGCAUUGGAGAAUGGAACUUUGAGCUGUACGUUAAAACAAACGGUACCACAGGUCUAAUUAUUAACGAGACUGCAAUAACUUCACCAACACCAUCAAUUUGUAGUUCAGCUUGUAACAAAAACCAAAUACAAACAGCCGUUAUUGAUUGCUGUUGGAGGUGUGAAUACUGUGAUGUUUCAAAAGAAUAUGUUAGAAACAAUUCUUGUAUAGUUUGCCCAAUAGGUUCCAGACCAAAUAUAUUGCAAGAUGGUUGUUUAAAAUUGCCCAUAAUUUCUAUUCAUUCAAAUUCUACCUUAUCAUUUAUUGUCAUGACAACAUCUGUUUUUGCCAUAACAUGCUCGGUUAUCAUUAUGGUUAUUUACAUACAAAAUAAAUCUGCUCCUGUUAUAAAAGCAAGCAGCUUUGAAAUGGCAAUCUGUUCACUGGUAGGCAUAAUUUUAAUGCUUGUAAUGCCAAUCCUUUUUAUACAAACACCUACAGAAGCAUACUUGUGUCAUAUUCAGAAAAUAGUUUUUGGUUUAUCUCUGACGUUAUGUUAUUCUCCCCUGGUAUUAAAAACAAAUCGGGUCUACCGUAUCUUUACCAGUUCUUCAAAAUUUAAAUUAAGAAGUUUGAUGUUAGUCUCAAUGAAGUCGCAAUUUUUACUUAUAACUGGAAUGGUUGGAAUACAAAUGGUAAUGGCAAUUCUUUGGAUUACAAAUGACGUACCCACCCUUAUACAAACUUAUAACAAUGUUUCAGGGGUUCAAUCUUGUAAAAUAACAAGAGAAAGUAUGACGUUAAACACUCUUUUUCCUGCUGUUCUCAUAAUUUCUUGUGCAGUAUAUGCUUUUAAAACGCGUCAUCUUCCAGAAACUUAUUCAGAAAUCAAGAGCAUUGGCAUUUCAAUGUAUUUUACUUUGUUUAUCAUCACUAUUUGCUUAGUACUGAUUAUGCUAUUAGGUGUGAAGGAAUUUGCUGGAACAUAUAUUUUAUGUUUUACAUUUCAAGCAUCAGCGAUUGUUGCCCUGAUUGGUCAAUACGCAAUGAAGAUUAUUAUUUUAUUUUGUAAAAAAAACGACGAUGCAUGCCCAGCAACGUUUAACUAUAUUACAAGUCCAACCGUAUCUCGAUUAGCAAUGAUGGGUAGAAUCAAUAGUGGUUAUAAAGUAGAUACUUUAGAUCCUAUCAUAUUUCGCGACAAUCGCUCAGAAUCAAUACCAAAUUAAAAAAAUCAGUUCAUUGGAUAUAUUUGGAUAUUCAUUGUAUACAGCCUCUCUUCUUCAUUUAAUUAAUAUUUAUUGGUCCAAAUUAGCACGCCUAUAAAAUUCAUGUGACUUUUAAAAACUAAAAGAAAAAACUUUGAAAUUAUUAGAAAGAAAACUAGAAAUGGAUUGUUAUUUGAGAGUAAUGUUAAAAUUUUAAGAAAUAUUUAUUUAUUUAUUUUUUGUACUAAAUUUCUUUAUGAAAAUAUAUA